AUGGAGGCGGCGGGAGGCGCCGAGGACCCUCCCGGCGGGACCCUCGUGGUGGAGGCGGCGGGAGAGGCCGGCGCCUCCGGGCUCUGCGCCCGGCCCGGCUCCGGCUCUGACCUGGGAUCGGGAUCACCGGGAUCACCGGGAUCACCGGGAUCGGGAUCGCUGGCGCCGCUGACGGCCGGGGUGGAUCCCUGCAAGGACCCGCUGGGACUGCUCAGCCCCCAGCUGGGAUCCCCGGGAUCCUCCCCGGGAUCCUCCGCCCGCUGCCUGGGGGGGCGCCCGGGAUCCGCCGCAUCCGGAUCCGCACCCUCGGGGAAUUCGGGAUCCUACGGAUCGGGAUCCUCUGGAAGUUCGGGAUCCUACGGGGGAAAUUCGGGAUCAUACGGAUCGGGAUCCUCUGGAAGUUCGGGAUCCUACGGGGGUGGAUCAGGAUCCUCUGGAAGGGAUUGGGGAUCCUCCGAGGGGAGCCCGGGCUCCUUCGGGGGAUCCUUCGGGGGAUCCCGGCAGCGCCCCGGCUACAAGAACCCCGGGAUCCCCUUCGUGCCGGGGCUGCGGGACCCCGCCCGCAUCGGGGGGCACAUCCCGAUCCGCCGCGGGCCGGGAUCCGGGAUCCAGUCAGGGUUACAGCCAGGGAUCCGGUUCAGGAUCCGGGCCGGGAUCCGGUUCAGGAUCCAGUCCGGGAUCCAGUCCAGGAUCCGGUCCGGGAUCCACCCAGGGAUCCGGGCCGGGAUCCGGGGCCGAGGACGAGGCCGGGGGCGGGAACGGCUGCGGGGGGUGCCGGAACGCUUCAGCGUCAGCUCCCACCUGGAGCGGCACCGCAAGAUCCACGCGGCCGAGCGCGCGUCCUACCGCUGCCCCGAGCACCUGGCCGGGUUCCUGGCGGCGCACCGGCACGGGCGGCUCUUCCAGUGCGGGCAGUGCGGGCGCUGCUUCGGGCAGGGCGCGGCGCUGCUCAAGCACCAGCGCUCUCACGGCGCCGGCGGCUCGGCGUCGCCGAAAUGCCAGGAUGGCGGGAAGAGCCGCGGGCUGUGCCAGGAUUGCGGGCGGCGGCCGGAGGAGGCGGCGGCGGCCGAGAAGCCGCACGCGUGCCCGGAGUGCGGCAAGAGCUUCGGGCAGCGCUCGGCGCUGGUGAAGCACCGGCGCAUCCACACCGGCGAGAAGCCCUACAAGUGCCAGGAUUGCGCCAAGGGCUUCAUCCAGAAAUCCGACCUCACCAUCCACCGCCGCAUGCACACGGGCGAGAAGCCGUACGCGUGCCGCGAGUGCGGCAAGCGCUUCAGCGUCUCCUCCAACCUCCUGACGCACCAGCGCACGCACCUGGGCGAGAAACCCUUCCAGUGCGCCGAGUGCGGCAAGAGCUUCAUCCAGCGCUCCGAGCUCACCAUCCACCGCCGCGUCCACACCGGCGAGAAGCCCUACGCGUGCCGCGAGUGCGGCAAGAGCUUCAGCCGCAGCUCGCACCUCAACCGGCACCGGCGCACCCACGGCAAGGCCGCCGCCGCCGCCGCCGCCUCCUCCUCCUCCUCCUCCUCCUCCUCCUCCUCCUCCUCCGCGCUGCCGGCCGCGCCCGCUCUGCCCUUCCCGGCCUUCCCGGGCUCCUCGGCCGUGCCGGCGGCGCUGGAGCUGCCCUGGGCGCUGGCGCUGCCGGGCCGGGCGUUCCCGGGCUUCCCGGUGGGUAAUUAG